UAUUAAAGUAAUUGGGAACGAUGAACAACAGAAAAAAAGGGGAGAAAGAAAAUGGGGAUCGAGACGAGUUAGGAUUCCUCAAUACCAAUUCCUAACUCACUAUAUAUCUAUCUAUAUCUAUAUAGUAUAUCUAUAUCUAUAUAUCUAUCUAUUGAAAGAUGAGGUUAUGAGCCACAAGCAGAUCGAGAUUGUAAGUUACAGCUUCCAUUUCUUCGAUCUGUAAUUAGAUUUAAAACAUAAAAAAUGCGUCGCGGCAGACCUCCGGCACCGGCGAUGAACGGAUCGACGACGGAGAUAAGGUAUAGAGGUGUAAGGAAGAGACCGUGGGGUAAAUAUGCAGCGGAGAUUAGAGAUCCAUGGAAGAAAGCUAGGGUUUGGCUUGGAACAUUUGAUACAGCUGAAGAAGCUGCACGUGCUUACGAUAACGCUGCACGGAAACUUCGAGGUAAUAAAGCGAAAACUAAUUUUUGUAAUGUUGUUAGUAAUUUUGAGUGUGUAGAGUUAGGCAGGAUUGAUAAUUAUAAUAAUAAUAAUAAUGUUAAUCAACAAGGAUUUUAUCAUCAAUAUUGGAAUGGUUUGAUGAUGGAUAGUAGUAAUAUGUAUGGAUAUCGAUAUCAAUUACGGCCGGAGGAAGAGGGAGGAGUAAUGGUUUCGCAGAGGCAGUCUUGUAGCGGUAUGAUUAGUACGGUCGAGUCGUUUAGUGGUCCGAGACGUGUGACUAUUGAUAAUGAUAAUAAUAAUAAUAAUAAUGCCGUGUUUGGUAGGAGACGUUGUCCUAGAGUGACGGAUAAUAAUAAUGGCGAUGAUUGUCGGAGUGAAUGUGAUUCGUCGUCGUCUGUUGUGGUUGAUGGAAAUGGCAAUGGUAAUGGGGAUACGGACGUGGAUAUGGAUAUGGCUUCUUCUUCGUUGAGGAAGGCUUGGCUAGAGUUUGAUUUAAAUAUGCUUCCGCCGUUGGAGGAUGAUGAUAUUUGCACUGCGUUGAGGCUUUGAUGGUUAAAAUGGGCUUGAUAAGGGUUGUGUUGGCGGUGUUUUGUAUUUCUUCAAAAGGGAAAAUAACCUUCAAAACCUUUUGAUGAUAGGCAUCAUUAGCGAUUAAGUAUAAUUAACAAAAGUGUCUACAUUUGUCGGAAGGUUUUUGUUGUUUAUUUUUUCAAAUUGAAUGAGUGAACAAUUAGAUAUGUUGUUUGUAUUCGAGAACAAUUUAAUCUUUAUAUUGAAUGAUAACUUAAACUUGGUUAGUUGAUUAAUGUUAAA